AUGCAUCGCUUUUUUGCAGAGCUGGAGCCAUCUCAUUCCGUCACUGAGCAAAACCUGGCAGACCGAGUUCGGUACAUCCUGCGCUCCAACAUAUUUGGUGACGCCGAACUCGAACGACUACAACGUGAGGCUGUUCCCUCAUCGGAUGGAAAUGCUACGGCUGGGAAUGCGGCGCCACUAAUUGCGCAGCAAAUUGCAAAUGUGGACGCUGCCGUCAAUAUCCCAUUUGUGGUUGAUUCAGACGAUGAUGGAAUAGUCCCCCACGAACUAGAGAAAAUGAGGAGCAUAUUGGAAGAGUCGAUGCUGGAAACGCGCAGCAUGCCUCUCGAAAAUCGACCGCGACUUCCCCGCAUACCCCUUAGCAAGCGAAAUCGGGCUGUCGUGCGGGCUCUUAACCCAAUGCUGGUGACCUAUUUGGAAACCAGCCGGGACCUUUGCGAGACGGACUCAAUUCUUUUUGGCGCCGCACUGGCGGUAUGCCGUAUUAUUGGCGCCAAACUUCCCAUGGCUGGACGUGCUACUCAACAAGGUAGUGCCAUCCCAGCCUAG